AUGGCUUACUACAAGCGUUCCUACACAAAAAGCCAGAGUUCCCUAGAUGAACAUCAGUUAACAUCUUUUGUUCCUGAAACAGCUGCUUUAGAUAAUAAGGAACACCUUUACCUGCUGUCAGCUCCAUUUGUAGCUCUGGGAGGACUUUCACCAAAUGAGAAGCAGAUAGCUAAGAUUCCAGUACCUUUGAAACCACGCUUUUUCCGCAAGCAAGCUGGGCUCACCAAUCGCUGGCAAUUUCCGUUCACGCCAGAUUGCGAUCUACUAGGAAUUGCACAAGCUGAUAAGGCCAAUGGAGGUGGUCUCAAUGAGACCCUGAUGAGAAUCAUGUCAGCUGACACACCUGUGUCCCUGAAUGAAGGACAAGAGACCUUGAAGGCAAGUGCAGACUUUCAUAAAGAAUCGAAUGUGCACACUUUUUCAACUAUACAACCAAAACAGAAACCCAGUCCCAGGAUUUUCUCUCACCAAGGAGCCCCAAACGAGAAGCUUUUUUCUUACACACAAAAGAUCACAGAAGGCAUGGAUCCAGAUGUAAUAUUGGACUGUUUGGGCUUCCACUGGGAACUCCAUCGCAUGUAUUUAUUUAAAUCCCAGGUCCUCUCACAGCUUCUUGCUACAGCUGUACAGGAUAAUGACUUACACAUUACAGAAAGCAAGCCUAAAGACAAAAAAGAGAUCAGAUGUUAUCAACAAUGUCUGUUAGCUGGACGGAAAAAUAAAGAAUGCUGCAAACGGAAGCAGAGAACACCUAGAGUCACAAUUGUCUUGCAGAUUAAUGAUCCAGAUGUCACUCGAUUUGCUUUUGCUAUUGCACUCAAGAACUUAUACAGCUCUGAACUAGAAGUGAACGAAGAAGAUGUUCUGGGAAUCCUGGCUACUGCAGCAGUAUUGCAGUUCCCUGACCUUUUCCAGAAGUGUGUGCAGGUCAUGAGAAGGAGCAUUUGCACAGCCAAUGUCUGCAGCUAUUAUUCUGCAGGCUGCAAGUACAAGCAACCCUCCUUGAUCACCAAUUGUGAAAGAUGGAUAGAAGUGAACCUUGUCCCCCAGCUUGGCUCUCAGAUUCAUCUGCGGAAGCUGCCACUAGAAGUAUUGCAGAAAGUGCUCAAAUCUUCAAGGUUAUUUACUUUCAAUGAAUUCCAUCUCUUGCGAACUGCAUUAUGUUGGGUCUUCCUGCAGCAAAACCCCAAAAUUCAGAUAAUUCCAUCCUAUGAUACCGUCCUCACAUAUUUUAGCAGCUUACCCAAGAUAUGUGCCUUCCUGGAAAGGGAAAUAGGACAGCAGUACAUAGCUAUUUUUCAGUGCCUCCGUUUACAUGGCAUCACUUCAAGUAAACAUCUGGAGGAACUAUGGGAGAUUAACUUCCUUCCUUUGCCAUGGCUGACGAGGAUCUUGUCUGAUCAUUACCAUGCACUAGAGAAUGGCGGUGACAUGUCAUUUCAGAGAGAUUUCAACACUCAGGCCGUGAGAUUUGGUCUGGUGCUUACACAGGAACCAAGAUACCAUUCAGAAAUCAUUUCCAUUUAUGGAUUCUUCUUUGAGAUAAAAGCAGUAAGACAUGAUGCUUCAGCAUACAGUUUUUAUAUGCAGAGGGUCAAACACGCAGAUCCAAUUAUAUCUUUUUUUACUGCUGAACGCACCCCUGUCAGCUUAAAGCAGGAGCGUGAAGUUAAGUAUGAAAUAAAAGCACAGUGCCAGAUAGACGGGAGAUGGGAAGAGUUCACUACACAGAGACUUACUCAAAAAUUUGGCAUUAAGAAACCCUCCUGCAAAAGCAUGGUCUUGAAAGCAUGCAUACCGGUGGUUCCCAUCUAUGUGACGUUUUCUCUUCUUUUCCCAUCAUCAUAAAAGACAACAAACACUCUGGCCUCCUACACUGAAGAACUCAUUUUGACACUUGGUGUAUGCCUAGGAGAGUUAGUACCACAUCUUUAAAUGCCUGGAGCUGUUCAGGCAGGCAAUCACAUUUGCCAUAAUGUGAAAAUAAAUGGCACCCUUCUCUCUGUUGGGCUGCGUUG